CCUAUCCGAGUCCAGUGGGAGACGAGAGGAAGCCCUUUGUUCAUCCUGCACCGGCUGUGAAGCUUGAGUUUGGGAAUAGGGAAGAUGUCAAGCCGGGGCGCAUGCUGGAUAUCAAACCGGACGUCAAGCCAGACAUUAAACCAGACAUCAAACCAGACAUUAAGCGAGACAUCAAACCGGACAUCAAGCCAGAUGUCAAACCAGACAUCAAACCAGACAUCAAACCAGACAUCAAACCGGACAUCAAACCAGAUGUCAAGCCAGGCAUCAAGCCCAAUAUGCCCCCCGGCAUGCACCCGGAAAUCAAGCCCGAUCUACAAACUCUGGAGAACGACGACAAAGCCUGGGUGUACGUUUCCUGGGAGCUCGUUCCCUCCAACCCGGGCGUACGACGAAAUGUGACCCUGGAAUGGCUCCGUGACCCUCAUGGCGGGCACCAUGAGGUCGCUUGGAACGAGUAUGUAGAUCUUGAUUUCUGGUUGGUUAGGGAUGACGAGGAUGGGGAUGGGGAUGUGACAAAGUAUCACGACGAGUCAGAUGGGGGGAGUCCUGCGCAAGACGUGACUGCUGUGGAACUGGAGGCUGAUGACUUGCUAGAUCAGAUUGGGGUCGAACUUGGUAUGCUGACGAAGCGCAAGC